CAGUUUGUAACGAACACGACGCUGGUUAAGACGUUAAGCUCCGAAUAAGAGAAUUAAAUUAACUUGGUUAAUUUAUACAACAACAAUAAAAAAUAAAACGUGAAACAACAAAAGUGAUAUUUUUUUGUUGUUAUUUUGCUUAGAAAACUACUAAACACAAAUCUAAUUUACAUACAUAUAAAUUAUUAUUCAAAAAGUUCAUCUAAUAAAAAAUAAAACAAAAUGAGUUGUGGCAUGGGAAUGGUGAAAUAUAUACUAUUUUUAUUCAAUCUAUUAUGUUCGAUAUGUGGCAUAUUAUUGAUCGUAUUUGGUGCUUUGUUGUUCAGCAACAUCCAUUCGGUGGAAGAUUUUGCGGAUGCACUUAAAUCCCAACAGGUGCCCCUAACAAUGAUUGUUUUGGGUGUCGUUAUAUUAUUGAUUUCAUUCUUUGGAUGUUGUGGUGCCAUCAGAGAAAGUUAUUGCAUGUCAAUGACCUACUCCAUUAUGUUGUUUGUACUUAUGAUUGGCCAAUUGGUUUUGGUAACAUACAUGUGGUUGCAAAAGGACAAAUACUUAAUCAUUAUGGGUGAUGUUGUCGAGAAGGCCUGGCAGAAGAGAACUACCUCGGCCGAUUAUAUGGAUGCCAUACAAAUAAGUAUGGAAUGUUGCGGUCGUACCAGUUACUUGGAUUAUAGUUUCAAGGGUUAUUUCCCUACUUCAUGCUGUAAGAAUCCACAAGACUGUCGUUAUGAAACCGUAUUUAAGACUGGCUGCAAAGAAGCUUUUGUUGGAUUCUGGGAUAAAAAUGCCGAUAUUAUUAAAUAUGCUGGUUUAGUUAUUGCUGCUAUAGAGAUCAAAAUGAAUUGUCUAGCACAUAUUGUUAAAUAUAUUUUAUAUAUUUUUAAUUUAAUAUUUGUGAUAUGCGGCAUAUUAUUGAUAGUCUUGGGCUCUCUUAUGAUUAAAAAUAUCGGAGAUUUUUCUGAUUUCCCUGAAGCCAACACCGAAACAAUACCCAUUCUAAUUAUUAUUUUGGGUUGUAUAGUCUUUGUAGUGGCGUUCUUCGGUUGCUGUGGUUCCAUACGAGAGAGUAUUUGCUGUACAACAACAUAUGCUGUGUUUAUGUUUAUACUCUUUGCUUUACAAGUGGCUUUGGUGGUUUGGAUUUUUGUUAAACGUCAACAAUUCCUUAAUACCAUGGGUGAAGCCGUUGAUAAGGCCUGGGAAAAGAACGAUUCUGCCAAUGGUUAUCCCAUGAAUGCCUUACAAAUUGCUUUGAAUUGUUGUGGCAAAACUAGUUACCAGAACUAUGGCGAUAAUGUACCAAGCUCAUGUUGCGGUACAAUGACAGGCGAAUGUCCCCAAAGCGUGUAUAUGACUAAACCUGGCUGCCGUGCCACAUUUGUAGACUUCUGGGCCACUAAUACGAAUAUUAUACGUUAUGCUGGUAUUGGUGUGGCGCUAGUGGAACUUGUUGCCUUCACAUUUGCCUGCUGUUUAGCUAGUAGCAUACGCAAAUCGAGUCACAGGAUGUAAAUUUUAAAAUAGAUUUUAGGACAUUCAUUUUUAUUUCAUUAAAUUAAUGUAUUUUUUUACACAAAUUCAUCUCAUUAUUUCAUCUAUAUAAUAAAUAGUUUAAUA